AGAGAGAGAGAGAGUAAGGAGCCAGCUAUGAAUCCCUUCCAGAAAAAUGAGUCCAAGGAAACUUUUUUUUCACCUGUCUCCACUGAAGAGGUACCACCUCCACCUCCCAACCUUCCAAAGAAGCCACCUCCGAAAAUCUGUGGCUCCAACUAUCCACUGAGCAUUGUCUUCAUUGUGGUGAAUGAAUUCUGUGAGCGCUUUUCCUAUUAUGGAAUGAAAGCUGUGCUGACUCUGUAUUUCCUGUAUUUCCUGCACUGGAAUGAAGACACCUCCACAUCUGUAUACCAUGCCUUCAGCAGCCUCUGUUAUUUCACUCCCAUUCUGGGAGCCGCCAUUGCUGACUCAUGGUUGGGAAAAUUCAAGACAAUUAUGUAUCUAUCCUUGGUGUAUGUACUUGGCCAUGUGAUCAAGUCCUUGGGAGCCUUACCAAUACUGGGGGGACACAUGGUACACACAGUCCUAUCAUUGGUCGGCCUGAGUCUAAUAGCUUUGGGAACAGGAGGUAUCAAACCCUGUGUGGCAGCUUUUGGUGGAGACCAGUUUGAAAAAACACAUGAACAGGAACGGACUAGAUACUUCUCAGUCUUCUACCUCUCCAUCAAUGCAGGGAGCUUGAUUUCUACAUUUGUCACACCCAUGCUAAGAGGAGAUGUGCAGUGUUUCGGGGAAGACUGCUAUGCACUGGCUUUUGGAAUUCCAGGAUUGCUUAUGCUGAUAGCUCUUGUUGUGUUUGCAAUGGGAAGCAGAAUGUACAAAAAAACACCUCCAGAAGGAAACAUAGUGACUCAAGUUAUCAAAUGUAUCUGGUUUGCUAUUUCCAACCGUUUCAAGAACCGUUCUGGGGACAUUCCAAAGCGACAGCACUGGCUGGACUGGGCAGCUGAGAAAUACCCAAAGCAGCUCAUUAUGGAUGUGAAGGCACUGACCAGGAUACUAUUCCUCUAUAUCCCAUUGCCCAUGUUCUGGGCUCUUUUGGAACAGCAGGGUUCACGAUGGACCUUGCAAGCCACCAGGAUGAACAGGAAUUUGGGUUUUAUUGUGCUUCAGCCGGACCAGAUGCAGGUACUAAAUCCCCUCCUGGUUCUUAUCUUCAUCCCAUUGUUUGACCUUGUCAUUUAUCCUCUGGUCUCCAAGUGUGGAAUUAACUUCUCAUCACUUAGGAAAAUGGCUGUUGGUAUGAUCCUAGCGUGCCUGGCAUUUGCAGUUGUGGCAGUUGUAGAGACAAAAAUUAAUGAAAUGGCUCCACCCCAGCCAGGUCCCCAAGAGAUUUUCCUACAAGUCUUGAAUCUGGCAGAUGAUGAGGUGAAGGUGACAGUGGUAGGAGAUGACAAUAAUUCUUUGUUGCCAGAGUCCAUCAAAUCUUUUCAGAAAAUGCCACACUAUUCCAAACUUCACCUGAAGACAAAAAGCCAGGAUUUUCACUUCCACCUGAAAUAUCACAAUGUGUCUGUCUACACGGAGCAUUCUGUGGAGGAGAAGAAAUGGUACAGUCUGAUCAUUCGAGAAGAUGGGGAAAGUGUUUCCAGCAUGAUGGUGAAGGAUGCGGAAAACAUAACAACCAAUGGGAUGACAGCCGUGAGGUUCCUAAACACUUUGCAUAGAGAGGUCAACAUCAACCUGGGUACAGAUAUCUCACUUAAUGUUGGUGAAGACUAUGGUGUGUCUGCUUACAGAAGUGUACAGAUAGGAGAAUACCCUGCUGUGCAUUGUAAAACAGAAGAUGAUGACUUUUCACUGAAUUUGGGUCUACUAAACUUUGGUGCAGCUUAUCUGUUUGUUAUUACUAAUAGCACCCAUCAGGGUCCCCACGCUUGGAAGACAGAAGACAUUCCAGCCAACAAAAUAUCCAUUGCAUGGCAGCUACCACAAUAUGUGCUGGUGACAGCUGGGGAGGUCAUGUUCUCUGUCACAGGACUUGAAUUUUCUUAUUCUCAGGCUCCCUCUAGCAUGAAAUCUGUGCUCCAGGCGGCCUGGUUGUUGACAAUUGGAGUUGGCAAUUUCAUUGUGCUUACUGUGGCACAGUUCAGCGACCUGGUACAGUGGGUCGAAUUCACUUUGUUUUCCUGUCUCCUGCUGCUGGUCUGCCUGAUCUUCUCCAUCAUGGGCUACUACUAUGUUCCUCUAAAGUCAGAGGAUAUCCAGGAGCCAGCAGCUAAGAAUAUUCCCCGUAUCCAAGAGAACACAAUAAACCUGGAGACGAAGAACACAAAGCUCUAAUGACUCCUGGGACUCUGCUCAGUUCCAGAUUCCUGACUCUGGUCUUGGCCAUCCCUGAACUUCAAGCAUUUUUUCCCUCCCAUUUGGUUAGGGGAGUGAGGUGGCAUCAUAGAUGAGCUGGUCUCCUCCACUUUGCUCCCAUUAGAGGCAGUUCUGUAUUUUCCAGUCCGUUAAAGAGCGAGGCCCCUGAGACUCCAUGUCUUCCCAUCUGUCAGUGAACUCGGUAAACCGUGUGUUGUGUUGGUGAAGCUAGCCUGGUGUCUCCAAAUGGCCAAGAAAAUACAAAUGUAUAAUUGAGAUUAGUCUCUGUGAGUACGCACCAUUAUGUGGGAAUUCCUUUACCUGCUGUUUAGAACGGAAGACCCCACUUUUUGAGGUGCUGAUUUAGGGGCAAAAUUGCAGAAUAAGAGAGAGAUGGUAUUUCAAGUUUCUUCAUAAGCAAUGCAAUUGAAUUAUUCACAAGGCCAAGACUUGGUAUAUCUGGUCUGAUCUGGUCUAGGGUCUGGCUUAUCAACUAUCCAAGUUUGAUAAAACCUUAGUAAAUUUUUCAGUACAGAAUAACUGACAUUUUAUUAACACAGGAGAAGAUACAUCUUUCUUAUAAUUACACUAUUUUAUCCACCAACCCAAACAUCCCUUUCUCAGCACUGAUAGAUUUUUGGAAAUCAAAUUAAAGAUAGUACACAUUGGUAAUCUGGUUCUGGGAAUAAUUUGGAUAUAUUGAAUGGGUAUAAAUUGUGAAAAUCCUGAUGAAUCCCUCUUCUGCAGUGUACAUUCUUCUUAGUGACUACAAUGCUUCAGCUCUGGCUUAUGCCCUGUGGACAGCUGUAUAAACACUAAUUAUAAUUUUGAAACCCUGUCCUUUCAAUGUUGUUGAGUCAACUUUUUCUCAUUAUUACAUCAUGUCUUGCUUAUUGCAACAAAUAUUUAAUAACAGCAAUAUUUUUAUGAAUCCAUGUUCCUUUUUUAUUUUAUCCCCUUCAGCCUCAAAUAAGUGGCUUCAUUUUGAUAAUUUUUUUUGUCUUACUUUCCUCACAAUUUUUAAAUACCAUUUUUUCACUUAGGCCUGGGAAUGUCUCCCUUAUUAAAAAGUAAUAUUAAUACUAUAGGUUCGAGCUUCUAAAACGGUGAUGCUCAAUGUAGGGGAAUGGUUCCAUCUGA